CUAUAGGAGUGAAUCCUACGCCUUUUGCUUGCCUCCUGCUCACUCUGGUAAAGAUCACAACUGUGAUACAAUUUGUAACCAUGCGCUCCUUCUUGUUGUAACGUAUCUGGAAGACUUGGUAACCACCGGCUGGCAAGGCAUUGCCAAAAUGAAGGCUGUCGCAGUUGGGCUCCUGUUCGCGGCACUCUUCGUGGAGAAAGCUUUGUCGUUGCACUGUUACGCGUGUCAGAAGGCCAACGCUCCCUCCGCCUGCCUCUUCUCCAGCGAGUGUUCAGCGUCAGAGCGACACUGCGUGGCAAUCUAUAACGAAACCUCUGAUCACAAACCGUCCAUCAGCAAACAGUGUGCUGAGAAGUGCCCCGAAAUCAAGGAAACGGGUGUCAAGGUGGUUUGUUGUGAGGACAGCUACUGCAACGGGAAGGGAGCCGUCAGUAUGAAGACCAGUUACGCCACCCUGAUCGUGGCGAUGCUGGCCAGCUUCCUCUACAUCCUGCCGAUGGAACUGUGACGGGGCAUGGAGAGAAGUUCUCUGCUUGUGCGUCUCUAGAUGCCUGAAAAGAAGAUACAAAACUCUGCACUGUUCUUAAAUCUUGGACUCACUGAACACUGUUUUACAUAUCCCAUCAUUGCUUUCCCUCGCAUGCCAUGGGGUGAGGCCAUGAAUGAAUGCUUUCUCACAUAAGAAAGAUCUUCUCCAUUCAAAAAAUGUCAGUGCAUGAGAAUAAAGAGC